CUUUGAUGUGUUGGCAGACCUUUUCCCUGCCGCUUGCUGCUAAGGCAGCUGCCAGUGCGCUACAAUACGAAGAAUAUUGCAUUACUGCAUUGCGUAUUAUGAACGUCAGCAAGUGCUGUGCAAAUCGGCACUUAGACCCUUACUAAGCUGUUCGCAAUGAUGGCCGGCGCCCUUUGCGGCAGGUGGUGAGGGUUUCCCAGCCUUCUAGACAUCAAGGCGAAUUUCUUAUCAUUGGCCGUGCAAAUUUUGCCUUCAAGGCCAGCGAUUGAGCCUCGUUUCUAGACUUUUACUCCUCCAAGGGUGCGUACGGUAGCGGUCUCGGAGGGCACCUCGCUUGCUGGGAAAGGCGUUGUUCUUUCCAGCAGCUUCACCAGGAGCACUUGGCUGUCACUGAAAACGCCUUUGAGCAAGGCACGACGCGAUGCCGCGCACGAAGGCUGCACCAUCGCGACGAGCGGAUGUUGAGCAGGCCAGCGCCGGCCAAGGCGGCGUGAAACUAAAUAGUGCUGUAGACUUAGACCAGGAGUACCUUACUCCCAAGUUGGAUUGCUUGGAUGAGGUGGAACCCCAGUCGCCGCGACCAACCAAACGAAGGCGCAAGUCGCUCCCCCAAAAGCAAUCAGAGUCAGAUGUGCAGGUAGCCAUUUCGGAAGAGCAGGAGGUGCUAGGCUUUUUGGAGUUGACCGACGCGGUUGGCAUUGCUGCUCAACCGCAACGUAUUUCAGCGGCAGUCGUGCGGGUUAGCAGCGCCGACUCGGAAGGCAGCUUAGCGCUACUGUCAUUGGAGCUGCGUUCUACAGAUGGAACUCCGGCUAGCGAGGAGCUGGUGGGUCCUUUCGGCCGAUUGAGGUUUGACCCAGCCAUCUUGGCAAUCCUUUUGCCGUAGCCCUCCAGCCACUUGGUGAAAACAACAAUUCGACAUUAUCUCACGCAGGUUACUCUACCUGCUCCGUCAGUCGCCGCAGCAGGCAGCCUUCUUCGAUUGCUCCAGACCGGGAUUCUCGGCAUCACGGUCGCACCAUCCACUGCCCAAUCUUCGCAUCGCAGAAGCUGCAGCAGCCCAAUUCAAUAUUCCUGGAGCCCAAACUCCUUGCCCCAACGGCUAAAAAGCCAGCCGGUGGCACUGCCUAACAGCAAGCCCGCUGAUGAUGAUGGCGAUGAAGAGGACUGGCAGGCGGGCACAUACAUUCGCCGCAACGCCACGAGCACCCGCAGCAGCAGCAGCAGCAGCACCGAAACCACUUUCCUCUCCAGCUCGCUGCGGCUGGGUGUACGGCGUGAUGCGCUGCAGCGGGUGGGGGUGGGGCACCCGGAGGACGUGCAGCAGCGGCUGUGGCAGUCCCAGCUGUUGCAGGUGCUUUCCUGGCUGCUGCCUCACACCGCCGCAGCUGCAACCCCGGCCGCCGCCUUCACACAGCAGCAGCCACCUGAGCAACACCGGCCUCAGCAACAGGACGCAGGAGCUGCUGUCACCUCCCCUGCCGCCGCCCCCUCCUCGCCUGCCGCAUCACCCAAGCCCUCCUCCUUCGCAGCACCCCCCAUUGCACCCCCAACACCCCACCUCCCAGCCGCACCCCCACCCUCAGCCCCAUCCCAAUCAGCAAACCCCCUCGCACCCCCAACCACAGCAUCCCCACCAGCCCCCCCAGCACCAGCAGCACCACCCGCAGGCGUGGGGUUCGAUCUGGGUUGGUUGUACGACGCGGUAAAACCCUCGGGCACCGAGCCGCAGUGGCGAGGCACGGCUCCGGAGCUGCGGCCCGUGCUGCGGCCCUACCAGCGGCGGGCAGUGGCGUGGAUGCUGAGCAGGGAGGGACAGGGG